AUGCAACAGCAGCGCCACAGCAGCAUUGCUGGGCCGGCUUCUUUCGCGCAGGGGCCGUCGCAGCUCGCCUACCAGAACCGCCAGCGCCGGGCAUCACUGCAGCAGCAGCAGCAGCAGCUGGUGGAGCGGCUGCAGCACCUGCAGCACGAGCAGCAGCAGCAGCAGCUGCUGCUGCAGCAGGACGACCAGCAGCAGCAGCAGCAGCAGCAGCCACGGGGCUGGUAUCUCUCCAAGUUGAAGUCCUGCGGCGCCGUAGUAGGCAUAGACAGGUCUCUGCGCAUUUAUGGGGAGGGCCGGGGCUUUAGAGGUUCUGCUGCACUCUUUUCAGCAGCAGGGCCUUGGCUGGAGGCUUUCCUGCAGCAGCAGCAGCAGCAGCAGCAGGUGCCGCUGCAGCUGCAGCAGCAGCAGCAAGACGCAGCAGCUGCGGCAGCAGCCGUCGACUCUUUCCUCGCGACUGCGCGGCAGCUGCAUGCGUCGCUGCUUCCCCCCAAGCUUCAGCAGCAGUGGCCACUUUCUGCUGCAGCAGACGCUGCAGCAGCAGCAGCAGCAGCAGCAGCAGCAGCAGCAGCGGCUGCAGCAACAGGAGCAGCAGCGGCGGCGCGCAGCGCCGCCGCUGCGCUGAACAGCGCAAGCAGUGACCCUGUUGCAGCAGCAGCAGCAGCAGCAGCAGCAGCAGCAGCAGAGAGGGGGCCCCUGCCGCCGCAGCAGCUGCUGCGCCCCGGGGCCCUCGUGGUGACCCCAGGCUUUGGGGCCCCCCAUUUGUUUUUGCUGCACUGCGUGGAGCCCAAUGCUGUGCUGACGCAGCAGCAGCUGCUGCAGCAGCUGCUGCUGCUGAUUGACUGCGACGCGGCGGAGGCGCGGCUCCAGCGCAAGCAGCAGCAGCAGCAGCAGCAGCAGCAGCAGCAGCAGCAGCAGCAGCAGCAGCAGGAGUUUGAGCAGCGGAGAAAAGAAAAGGCCCCCCGCCUCUACUUGCUGGAGUGCUGCUACCGCAGAGCACUUGCUGCUGCUGCUGCGCUGCAGCUGCAGACAGUGGCGCUGCCGCUGCUGGGCACGGGCGCGGGUGGCUACCCGCUGCAUGCUGCAGCGUACUGUGCUGCUGCAGCAGCACACCGCUGGCUGCAGCAGCAGCAGCAGCAGCAGCAGCAGCAGCAGCAGCAGCAGCAACAGAGGCUCAAGAUCGUUUUUUGUACUCCCGAGAGAAACGAGUGGAAGGCGCUGGACAUCAACAUAAGGCGACGCAUGCAGCUCUUCACACCGUCGUAA